AUGGUGCGAGUUCAUUACACCGCGAAUCCCGAGAAUAACACGAAGUCAUGCAAGGCUCGUGGUUCGGAUCUCCGAGUGCAUUUCAAGAACACCCAUGAGGUUGCGAUGGCUAUCCGUCACAUGCCACUCAAGCGUGCUCAACGAUACCUCCAGAAUGUGCAAGAAAAGAAGGAGAUCAUUCCAUUCCGCCAUUUCAACCACUGCAUCGGAAGAAAGGCCCAAGCCAAAGUUUUCGGCGUCACCCAAGGACGAUGGCCAGUGAAAUCGUGCGAAUUCAUUCUCCAACUUCUUAGAAAUGCCGAAAGCAACGCCGACUACAAGGGAUUGGACACUGAUCAUUUGGUCAUCGAGCACAUCCAAGUCCAACGAGCAGCCAAGAUGCGCAGACGAACAUACCGCGCUCACGGCCGAAUCAAUCCUUUCAUGUCGUCGCCCUGCCACAUUGAAGUGAUUCUUACCGAGAAGGAAGAUGUCGUUUCCAAGCCCACCGAUGGAGUCACUCGCGUCAAGAAAGAAUCGAAAAAGAAGCAAAGACGUCAAUUGAUGCAAAUGGGCGGCAACCAA